UAAGACCGUGGAAUAUUGCCGUCAAGUAAAUUACAGUGGAGUAUGUUACACGCACGUGGUUACACAGCACGUGUCAUCUGUAGUGAUGUACUCCAGGAAUUCGCGGAUGGUGGCAACAGUCACCAGAUAUGAACACGUUGGGACACAAGUACGUCGAUUUUGGGAACAAGAUCGCAAAUCCGGUUAUCCGCAAGUAACAACGAAAAGCUCAUCUGAUAACCGAAACAAGCUCUGGCACAUUCGUAACGGCUUUCGUUUGCUUGGGGACGAGUUCCAACUCUUGAAACGAGAGGUCAUUGAACGCUUAGAAUGUGAUCCGUUGUUGAUAUUUCGAAAGGACGAAAUUGACCUCGCUUGGAGGUUCAAUGGUGACAAAAAGUCACUUGAUCAAUGGGUUGUUACCGCCGAUAGUGACUAUGGAGAAGGUUACUCAAAUUGCAGUCUGCAAUUGACCAAGUCUGGCAGAGCGCUGUUUUCUGGAUACUUGGACAAACGUGUACCAAAAACAGGAAACAUCAAAAAGGCAGGAUAUUGCAACAUUAAUACUCUACCUGCUCGCAAAUCCUUUAAGCGAGAAGGUUACUAUGACUGGCAUCCCUACAAUCACCUGGUCAUGCGAGUUAGAGGGGACGGGCGAUCCUACAUGCUGAAUAUCGCGACACCCGGAUACUUUGAUAUAACUUGGAAUGACGUUUAUCACUAUCCACUCUACACAAGGGGUGGACCUUAUUGGCAGUACGUGAAAAUACCUUUUUCAAAAUUUUUUAUGGCUAGCAAAGGAAGAAUCCAAGACAACCAAUGUCCAUUACCCUUGGACAGUGUGGUUCGGUUUGGAAUCACCGCAGCUGACAAGGUGACGGGGCCGUUUAACUUGGAAAUUGACUACAUCGGAUUGAUGUUUGAUCCAAGUCAUACGGAAGAAUGUGCGUAUGAAAUGUACAAAACAGAUGACUACAUCGCCGGAUAUUGAUGUGGUUGCAGAGACACUUGUCUGUUCCUGCCAUUUCAACAGCUCGCAAAUUUGCAUCUGUAAUUAUAAUUCUCUG